UCCUGGAGGAGCUGCAUGGAAGAGAUCUGCAGCUACGAGGAGGUCAAGGAGGUGUUUGAGGACAAAGAGCAGAUGAUGGAGUUCUGGAAGGGGUACCCAAACGCAGUCUACUCUGUCCGGAACCCCGUGUAGAGCUCAGACACCAUGUAUGUGGUGGUGCCCCUCCUGGGAGUGGCGCUGCUAAUUGUCAUCGCCUUGUUCAUCAUCUGGAGGUGCCAGCUGCAAAAGGCCACCCGCCAUCACCCCUCCUAUGCUCAGAACCGGUACCUUGCUAGUCGCGCUGGGCACAGCCUCCCCCGGGUCAUGGUGUACCGCGGCACUGUGCAUGGUCUGGCUGAGUCCUCUGGGCACCGGGAAGCAGGGAGCAACCCGCACGUGGUGCUGGGACCCAGUCGUGGGGUCAGGACCACGGUCCGGCUCGAGAAUACCUUGUACCUCCCUGAGCUCUCCCUCUCCAGACUGUCCAGUGCCACCCCGCCCCCAUCCUACGAGGAGGUGACGGCUCCCCAGGAGAGCAGCAGUGAGGAGGCCAGUGUCUCUUACAGCGACCCGCCCCCAAAGUAUGAGGAGAUAGUGGCCGCCAACCCUGGCUCAGAUAAAUAGUGGCACGAGGGCCCUGGGUAGAAACCUCCUUCAGGUGUCUUCGAUUUUCUUUUAACAAUUUUUAAGACUGUGCCACCACAAAACAGCCUUAGCCUCCUUGUUGCCAAAUAAUUCCAUAACCGUGGUUUUGUAGGAAGUCAGUUAGCAGCGACAGGGUGGGGAGGAUCAGGGGUAGGGAUCAUGCAUGAGUCAAAGUGCCCUGGGAAGAGUCACAGACCAGAGAGCCCAGCUCUUGUGGAUGCCCCCAUGCCCCUACCCUCCUGUGCACCUGUCAGGGGUUGGCUUCUCUUAUGCCAAAGGAAUCAUCCUUGGAUUGUGGUCCAAAUGUCCACAGGCUCAGACCCAAGGUUGUGGGGCUGACUGGACAACCUGUCUGGGUCUGGAAUCCCAACCACAGAGGUUCAGGCAAGAGGCCAGUCCUUUAGCACUCCUUCCCUCCUUUUCCCUAACAGUCCUGUGCUUUCUGUCCUGGCUGGGCUGGGCCAGAGCACUGCAUCAUGGGGAAAACCGUUGUGCUGACCCUGCCCACAACCUCCAGUGAUGGGCUGAGCUCCAGUUAGUGUGCAAGAUUUGCCCUGGCAUAGCCCCCGCUCUUUUCCCCGUCCUCGCAGCUGUCAGAACAAGCUCGUCUGAUACAUGGCUCUGGGGCGGAGAGCUGAAGUGUUCUCCUUGGCAGGGUGACUGGCCUGUAAGCCCAUUGGACCCAUGAGCUUGGCCUCCACAGCCCUGUGCUCUCUGGCUUUGAACAUUUAGGAUACUUCCCUUUACAUGUGUUGAACCUGAACUUCAGAUCAGUGAUUUCUCCGUAAUGAUGGUGCCUAGCUGGGGAGAAGAUCCUAAAGUGUCCCUUUUUUCUUAUUUCUUUGUGGGGAGGUGGGGGGAACCCAUGACCCGGGGUGGAAGGCCCAGCUGACGUUUGCUCUGUCAUUGCCAGGGGCUGGUCUGUUUUCAGUAACUCCUUUCUGUGGCUGUCAGUGACCAGGCGUAAGACACUGUCAACACUGCCUCCCCCACCCCACCUCCCUCUUCCUGGCCUCAGAGCCAAACCAUUUUUCCUCUGUGGUGCUUUAAAAAAUGUAGCACAUCUUUAAGGGGCCCUAAAGAGUGCACAGCCAGGGUCUGUUGGCAACCACAGCAGUUGAAAUCACACAGGCUUGACAAGCUUCUUGCUGUCUAAAGAGCUCUCCACGGUGGGCAGUGGGGCCUGGCCUUGGAAUACAGCUCUGCCUUGAGGCCCCAGAUGAUUUCUGGAGACCCCUCUGGUCCUGGGAGCCUGCCACGGAAUGUGUUUAAAGUUAGAGGGUUGUGUUCCUAUCCCAGUGAGACCAGCAGCAUGGAUGACUUGACCUAUGGCUAGGAGUCUCCUUCCCCUCACCUCACAGGCCCUUUGAAAGCUGACUGAGCUAAUGUCUGUGAAGUGCUUGAAGCACCAGGGAGCCCAUGAGCUUUGCCCUUAGGAAGACUCUUCCAAAAAUGUGUAGGUUAUAGUGGAUCAGUAUUAGCUGAGGCCCCCAUAUGCCUCUGAGGAGGUUGGGAGGCCCCAAGCUGAAAAUGUUGAGCCUCAACCUAGGGAGUCAGUCUCCUGCCAGUUGGCCCUUUCAGUCCCCUCCCCCACCCCCGAGGUUUCCUUAAUGCCAGAGGUGCUGACCACGUGGCAUUUCACCUUUAAUUUCUUCUUCUCCCUUCCCUGGGACUCGAGCACUGCACUCCAGCCCUUUUCCACAAAGGGAGUUUUGACCUAACAAGCCCCUUCUUUUUCCAUGGUGGAGGAGGCCAUGUUGGAGGGCCUAGGGAAGGCAGCUCCACUGUCCCAGCAGUGCCUCAGGCAGGUGCCUGCAUGUGACCUGGGAGCCCAUGAGAAGACACUUACCCCAAUGUGCCUCCUCUCUAGUUGGCAGAGAGCUAGGCCUGGGCCCCGCUGACCAGAGACAAAAGGAGGAUGCCAAGCAAUGCCUACUGCCUUUGGCCUCUGCGGAGCCCUUCUCUGCUGAGGGCCUGGAUAGCUUGGGGCUGGGUGGAGAUGGGAAAGAGCAGGAAGCAGGCGCCUGGGGAACAGCCUGUCCAGGGCAGGUCCGUGUCCUUCAGAGGCUGAAUGCAGGCCCCUGGGAAGAACCUAGAGUCAGUUUCUUUAGGCCCUGGCACAGCCUGGGACAACUGAGGCUCUGUGGUCUUGGUUCAGGUGCUUGAGGUGGAUUCUCCAUUCUUCGAGGUUGAUUGAGGCUGCAGUCUCUGGGAUGUUUAGAAGCAUAUUGUAGGAAAAAGGCUGUACAGUACACAGUGGGCAUGACUCCUGUGGUGCACAUUUGGCUUUUAAGAAUGCCCUGUACAUAUUUUUCGAACUCUGUCUUUGUAUGGACUUGGAUUUGAUACAAUAUUAACCCUGAGUAGCUACAUUUUUGUUGUCUUGGGGCCUGUGUGUCUGUGUGUAUGUGUGUGUAUAUGUGUGCAUGUUGCCUUUUCUCACAUGUUUAUCUGAGCACUCCUGGGCCUUGUUUUCCCUUUUUGUGUGGAAAGGCAUGUGACUAUUGACUUUGGGAAUGAGGGGGGGAGAGCUAGCUAUUUAGACAUUUUUCAUUAAGGAAAAAAAAAGAAGAAAAGCCUUUAAAAAGUUAAUUGAAAUAGGACUGUCACUUGUUUUCAACCAAAAACUUUUUAAGACUUUUAAAAACAAGAACCACCAUCACGUCCGUCCCCCUCUGCCCCUCACCUCGGGUUUCCGCAUGAAAGCACAAGAGAAAGAGGCAUGGCUGCCGUGCCCAUGUGAACACCACCAGCACACCUGUGUCGCUCUCUGGCUGAUGUCAACGCAUUACUGAGCGGUCUCCACAAGAACCCCACUGCCACUCGUGUGAAUUCCAUUGGGUGCUUUGGAAACCAGGCAUCAGCCUGAUUUGUUGGACGUUGUCUUUUGGUGGCCCAAAUGGGAGGGAUUCCGGGUGUGACAUUGUCUUUUUGUUAAGUCUUUGGAGCCAGAUGGUUUGCCUCUCUCAGUGAAUGGAGGACUCCCAACCCCCAGCCAGAGUAGACUUUUUGACCAAAUGGCACCGAGAAGAUGAGAAAAAAGCCAACACUGCCUCUAGAAUGUUCCUUUGUCCAAGACAGAGCAAGAGAGCCGGCAUGGCUCCCUAUACCCCCAGCUCUGUCUUUCUAGGACUGUGUCCGCUGUCUUGGGUAUGUAUACUCACGCUCACAGCUGAGGUGCCAAGCUGGGUUUCAGCCUGACAAGUAAUGAGGCUCCAUUUCAGGACUGUGCCGAUUAAGAAACAAACACAUCCUCCCCACUACACUCUACUAAUACUAAUCAGUGUAAUUAUCUCAUUUAAGAUGAGUACUGUAAUCAGACUGCCUGCGACGCCACUAAAACCCCACUCAUUUCAAGCCCACUAACUCAGAACUUCGAGCAAAUCGCAGCUUAAGAGAAUUCACAGUUAUUCUGUGAGCCUUGCUGAGUGAAAAUAUUGGAAAUAUUUUUCCCUUUAGUAAAAUUUCAGAGUCUUCUGUGUAAGAGGAAUCCAGUUGAAAAUGAGUCCCUUUUGCAAAUAAAGGCCUGAAGAUAUUAAGGAUCCCGUCACUGUGCCUUCAGCUUUGGGGUUUAGCAAUUCUUGUGUGUGAGGCUCCUUCCGUCCUGGAUGAUCUCUGGUUCUCUCUCCACCAUGGCAAUGUUUGGGUGUUGCCGCCUUUCACCCUACUCCUUUAUUUAUCCUCCGAGUAACAGAGUCUGUGAACUCACCUGUAGUUGUAAGUAGCACACCUGUGUAGCUUUCCAAGGAGUCUGUAAAAGCACACGUUUUGGUAUUAGACUAGCCCUCCCAUCAUUCGCCCCCAAACUUGCAAACUUAAGGAGAUUUUGCUUUCACAGGCUUGUGGGCAGUGAGUCUCUCCCUCUUGAGCAAGAAUUUCUCUGGCAAAGGUAUCCAAACACCACACCCCCUCGGGCUCACUGCAUCCCCAGUUGCCGCACUGUGCUGCCAACUGACUGGUGAUUGGUGCCUGCCCUUCUCCCAUCCUCUGAGUCCAAGCAGGACCACAGACAUCCAGGAUCGAGACAAAUCCCCAACUCCUUAGCCUCCCAGUCAGUCUCCCCUUAUAGAUGUCCCCUUCCCAGGCCUGCACCCACCUGCUAUUUCACCCUGCUAUUGUGAAUUCGUGACAAUAGAAACCCUGCUAUGUGCCACUGAGCCUAUUGGAAUGAUGUCUGUGAAAUAGAGUCACUUUUGUCCCACUUUAAACUGUGCUCGUGUUCAUGUGGUGACCAUUGUCAGCUGGGACAUCUGCACACUCAACAAUAUGGCAGGAUUUCACUCGAGCCUGGGGCCGCAAACAUGCUUGCUUCUGAUUUCUCUCUCUCUCUUUUUAAA